UCUGAACCGGCUAGUCGGCUCGGCAAAUAGCGACGCUGUGGCCAUGGCAGGGAGCGGGGCGGACGAGACCUUCCUCCAUGACAUCCAGUUCCUCAUCGCGAACGAUGCGCAGCUCACGCAGGAUCUCUCGCAUCUCUGCGCGAUUCUCGAAGGCUCGUCCAGCGACAGCGAACAGAGCGCCGCGUCCAGCGCCAAGCGCAAGGAGGCCCCUCCGAGCGACGACGAGCCGCUACCGCGGAAGCCCAAGAACCGCUUCCAGCACAGGCAGCGGCAAGAGAUCCUCGCACUGCGCGACGAAGUGCGGCUGUUGCAAGGCGAGAUGGCAAAGACACGCCGCGGCCGCCCCGCCCCGACGCCGUCGCGCUGGGAAGCGAUUGCAAAGGAAGAGCGGCAGGCCAAAGCCGCCGUGCUGCACGAGAACGAGCAGCUCAAGGCCGCCGUGGCGCAUCAAGAUACGUUCAUCGAGACCAUGCAGCGCCUGCUUCGCAAGAAGCCCCGGCUUGAGCUGCUGCGCGAUCCGUCGUCCGAAGCGUGGAAGGCCUACACACUGGCUGCGCAGGCGUCGCUCCGCAUCAGUGCGAUCCACGCGAUUGCCGACCGGCAGUACCAUCGUCUCCGCAGCACGUUUUUACGGCUGGGACUGCUCGACCGCCCGGCGGACGCCGCCAAGCUCGUGCGCAUCACGCCGACACCGCAGCCGAAUGGAACGCUUGUCGUCGAGUACAUUUACGACUUUGUGCUGCCCGCGCCGUAUGAGGCCGUCGGCGAAGCGGUCUGGAGUGUCUUCAACGGGGCCAACGCUGCCUCCUGCCCCGUCGAUGCGACGCAGCACCUGGAGAUCAUCGACGACGCGACCAACUACGAGACGUUUGCCCGUCCGAUCGCAAAUGCCACAACUGUUGCGUACUCGAACCGGAUCACCAAGCGCUUCCGAGAAGAGGAUCGCGAUGUCGUCGUGUGGCGCACUGUGCUCCAGGACGAGCGCAUGCCGCACAUGACCCAAGGCAGUGUCGAGGACGAGUGUGGCUGGCUUGUGGUGGCGGCGAUGACGCACGAGACGUGUCGGCUCUCGUUCGUCCUCUCGGUCGUCGCGGGCUGUACGUCAAUCGAGACGGUCACGCGUGGGAUCGAAGCAUUCGCCUUUGGCCAUCUCGCCGAGUCGGGAUCAUCACCGCUGGUCGAGACACCGCCGUCGACGACGAUGGUAGCGCUCAUGGACAAGGGCAAGCGGUUCGAAGUGGCGUUGCGCAUGGCGGUCGCCAAGGCCAUUGCCGCGCACCAGACCGCAGCUUCGUUAUCGUCAGAGCGUCGCGUCGACUCGGAGUUCAUAUAGGUGUAGUGCUGGUGAUGAUAUACGUUUACAGAGUUGAGAAGAGGACGCAAACA